CAGACGUUAUUUCAUUUUGUCCAUCAACAUGACAUACUGUGCAUUAAACCAAUGUGGAUCUCCAGCAUUCGCAUGAGGCUUCCGCCCCCUCUGCUAUCUCAAGUUUUUUUGUUGAUUGAUUGAAACAGAUGCGAACGUUGCCAUUGCUUGCUUUACCGAACUUGGUACGACACCGGUUUAGGCAUGCCUCUGGCUCGCAGCCUGUCCAUCACCUCCCUGUCGGGGUUGGAGGAGUGGGAUGAGGAGUUUGACUUGGAGGACGCUGUCCUCUUUGAGAUCGCAUGGGAGGUGGCCAACAAAGUUGGUGGGAUUUACACAGUGAUCCAGACCAAAGCCCGUCUGACGGCAGAGGAAUGGGGAGAAAACUAUUUCCUGGUUGGUCCGUACGUGGAGAGUAACGUCCGUACCCAGGUGGAGCUGAUUGAGCCCACCAACCCUGCCCUUAAGAGAGCCAUAGACAAGAUGAAUUCCAGUGGAUGUAAGGUGUACUUUGGUCGUUGGCUGAUUGAGGGCAGUCCAUACGUGGUGCUGAUAGAUGUGGCGUUCACUGCCUGGAACCUGGAUAAGUGGAAAAAAGAGUUGUGGGACAACUUCUCUAUCGGGGUGCCCUGGUUCGACCGCGAGGCCAACGACGCCGUCCUCUUUGGCUUCUUGACCGCCUGGUUACUAGGAGAGUAUGCAGCGCAGUGUGAGGAGCCUCCCCAUAUCCUGGCCCAUUUCCAUGAGUGGCUGGCAGGCCUGGGCUUGGCGCUAUGCAGACAGAGACAGUUGCCCGUGGCAACCAUCUUCACCACCCACGCCACCCUGCUGGGACGCUACCUGUGUGCCGGCAGUGUGGACUUCUACAACAACCUCGCCGAUUUCAACGUGGAUAAGGAGGCGGGGGAUAGACAGAUCUACCAUCGGUAUUGUCUGGAGAGGACAGCGGCACGCUGCGCUCAUGUCUUCACCACCGUCUCUCAGAUCACAGCCGUUGAGGCAGAGCACCUGCUCAAGAGGAAACCAGACAUAAUCACCCCUAAUGGGCUGAACGUGAAGAAGUUCUCUGCCAUGCAUGAGUUCCAGAACCUGCACGCCCAGAGCAAGAACCGUAUCCAGGAGUUCAUCAGAGGUCACUUCUAUGGGCACCUGGACUUCAACCUGGACAAGUGUCUGUUCCUGUUCAUCGCUGGGAGGUAUGAGUUCAGCAACAAAGGAGCUGAUAUCUUCUUGGAGGCUUUGGCCAGACUCAACUAUCUACUGAGAGUCAACCAUAGCGAUGUGACUGUCGUUGCGUUCUUCAUCAUGCCUGCGCGGACCAACAACUUCAACGUGGAGACGCUGAAAGGCCAAGCGGUCAGGAAGCAGCUCUGGGAUACCGCUCAAACAGUGAAGGAACGCUUCGGAAAGAAACUAUAUGAAUCACUGCUGGUUGGGCAGUUGCCGGACGUGUCCAAGAUGCUGAGUAAGGACGACUUCACCAUGAUGAAGCGUGCCAUCUUUGCCACCCAGAGGCAGUGCCAGCCUCCCAUCUGUACCCACAACAUGCUGGAGGACAGCAACGACCCCAUCCUCACUUGCAUUCGCCGCAUCGGCCUGUUCAACAGCUCUGCCGACCGCGUCAAGGUGAUCUUCCACCCAGAGUUCCUGUCCUCCACCUCUCCCCUCCUGCCGAUGGAUUAUGAAGAGUUUGUAAGAGGCUGCCAUCUUGGAGUGUUCCCCUCUUACUAUGAACCAUGGGGAUAUACACCAGCUGAGUGUACAGUCAUGGGGAUCCCCUCAAUCUCUACCAACCUCUCUGGGUUUGGCUGCUUCAUGGAGGAACACAUAGCUGAUCCCUCAGCAUACGGAAUCUACAUCCUUGAUCGACGGUACAGAGGGGUUGAUGAGUCAUGUAACCAGCUCACAUCGUACCUGUUCCAGUUCUGUCAGCAGAGCCGGCGCGCCAGGAUCAUCCAACGGAACCGAACCGAGCGCCUGAGUGACCUUCUGGACUGGAGAUACCUGGGCAGGUAUUACAUAUCAGCUCGUCACAUGGCCCUGGCUAAAGCCUUCCCAGAUACCUACUUCUACCAACCUCAUGACUCUGACACUGCCCAAGGUUUCCGUUACCCUAGACCGGCCUCUGUGCCCCCAUCUCCGUCUCUGUCGCGCCACUCCUCCCCCCGCCAAAGCGAGGCGGAAGAAGAUGAUGACCGCUAUGAUGAAGAUGCAGAGGCAGAGAAAGACCGCUUGAACAUCCGCCAGCCCUUGACCCUGCCUAGUAAAAAGGGUCCCGCCUUGCCUUACACCCUGCCAGGUGCCAAUGGAGAGAGAAACUGACUGUCUCACACACACAACAUACACAAACUGACAUAUGCUGAUACUCACUACACACACGUUACAAACACGGCACUCUUAUCUUGACCGUCUCCACUUCCAUAAUAUAGAUCUGACAACUGCUGAAGAGAUGAGCUCUUUACAGUAUGUUAUUCAUCCAGCAGCCGGAACGUCUUCCAAACCUACAUGCAGCUCCGCCUCUGUGGGCAUCCUGUACUGACGAGGAGGAGGAGAGGGAAAGGAUGGCUAGCCGGGUGAUGUUUCCUUGAGUUAAAGAGCCCAGCUUUGAGAUAAAGUGGGGUAACUUGGAGUAUAUAGGAGGGUUAAUCUAGGUUACCUCUGGUCAUUAAUCUAGGUUACCUCUGGUCAUUAAUCUGGGUUACCUCUGGUCAUUAAUCUAGGUUACCUCUGGUCAUUAAUCUAGGUUACCUCUGGUCCACAGGAGGCUGCUGAGGGAGGAUCAGCUGGAAUAAUGGCUGAAACCAUGUGUUUGAUACCAUUCCAGGUAUUCUGCUCCAGCCAUUACCACAAGCCCGUCCUCCCCAAUUAAGGUGCCACCAACCUCCUGUGCUCUGGUCCUUAAUCUAUGAAUUGAUGAAAUCCUUGCCAGUGUUGACUAACAUGAGUUGUAACUGUGGCUAAGAACCAUAUAACCAGUGGUAUCAUCAGGAUAAAGAAACUAGGGUUAAUUAGUCUUGCUAACAAGGGCAAAGGCAUUGGCCCACUAUGUCAUAGUCACACAACCAACCCAACAGCAGCAAUUCAGACACUAUAGCAGUAACAGCAACCUGUUUAAACAGCAGCAGCACUUUUCCUGUCACACUGUUGCAGUAACAGCAACCUGUUUAAACAGCAGCAGCACUUUUCCUGUCACACUGUAGCAGUAACAGCAACCCAACCAGCAGCAGCACUUCCCUAGGCGAGGAAACCAAUAAGCAACACAUUUAGAGCUGGGCCCAUAGAGUUAGACUAGAUAGAUGUACUGUAUAUAGCCCGUUUUCUGCAUGGACAUUGCCAUUGAGGGCUUCUACCACAGAUGCUAAGAUGAGUCCUCUUUCUAACUCUAUGGCUGAGCCUCAGAACGUCCUGCUGAAGAGCCUCCUGCUGAAACAGGCUCCCAUUCGUUCAGAGAUUCAGACCUUUCUGUGGGCGUUGUCAUCGUCUCUGGGCCUUGUACUGUAUUAGAACCGGCAUUACUGUGUGUAAAAACUGUCUGGGCCUUGUACUGUAUUAGAACCGGCAUUACUGUGUGUAAAAACUGUUGAUUGGUCACCUUUUAACCUUUCAGUCAGUGAGCCUGUUUGAGUGUUUUUCUUUGUGUGUGUGUGUGUGUGUGUGUGUGUGUGUGUGUGUAUUUGUGAUGGAACACUGAUUCUGCCUGCACUCUGAGGUUAAGGUAAAAAGGUGGGGCUUCUGUCCUGAAAAGCUAGUGGUGUUUUUAGACAGCAGACUGUAUUAGAGAGGAGCGAAGGGAAAAGGUCACAGGUUUGGGUGGAUCCUAUUCCCAGCUGUGCACAGCCAGAAACCAAGAUGAGUUGAUCCAGAUCCCACACUACUGUGUCAGUUUGUUUGUUACAAUCACACACCAGAGGAAGAGAAAAUAAAGUAUAUUCUAUGUAUUAAUGAUGAAA